AUGAUUCUCUACUCCUUCUACAUAUUCGACCGGCACACCGAGUGCAUAUACAGUCGCAAAUGGAACACCCGGCCCAUAUCCUCCAGCACCAAAAGCGCGCGACCGCAGUCCGGCGUCAGCAUCACGAGCAAUGGCGAUGUCGCGCCGGCCACGCGCAAGGCCCUCUCCAAAGAAGACGACGCGAAGCUCAUCUUCGGCCUGGUCUUCUCCCUCCGCAACAUGGCCCAGAAACUCGGCGGCGAAGACGACUCCUUCCUCUGCUACCGCACCGGCGAAUACAAACUCCACUACUACGAGACUCCCACGCGGCUGAAGUUUGUCAUGCUCACCGACCACGGCGCCAAGACCCAACGUUCAGCGCUGCAUCAGAUAUGGGCACUUCUCUAUGUCGAAUAUGUGGUCAAGAACCCGCUCUCGCCCGUCGAGCAUCCCGGAGGUAUUGGCGUAGCAAACGUGAUGUUUGAGCAGGGACUGGACGCCUUCGUCGAGAGAGUAGUCCUCCCGACUUGA